AUGGAUUUUAGUCAUUUAGCUUUUGAAUUUCAAUGGGAACAAUGUUUUUCUUUAAUAGACAAAUGGAAAGCCACUAUGAUUGAUCAUAUUACAAAUACUCAUCAAGAAAAAUCAUCAGAAAUUCAAAUGUAUAAAGACAAAGCAGAGAAAAAUUUUUUUCUCGAGAAAAAAAAAUUCGUUCUUGAUAUGAACGAAUAUUUUCAACAUUCCUGUAUACUUUCCUAUGAAAUAAAUUUAUUUAAACAGAAACUAGAUCAAUUGAAAGAAAAUAUUAUACAUCGGCCAUUACCAUUAAAUAUCGAAAUUAAAUCCUAUCCUCUAAAUAUAUCCAUCACUAUAAAUCGCUUGUUCAAUCAACAAUUAUUUAAUCAACGGACAAUCUCUUCUGAAUAUAAAAUCCCUACGCAAUCGGUAAACUUAAUCGCAACAUCGAAUAAUCAAAUAAUUCUUGUUAAUAAUGAAUCAAAAAUUUUCCUCUACGAUAAAUUAAUUGGAUUUAUUGAUGAAAUAAAUUUGUCAGAUUAUACCGAUGAAUAUUUAAAUGAUAUUUGCUGGUCCAAAAAAUACAAAAAUUUUCUAUUUCUCUGUGAUUAUUCAUUGUGGUCAUUGGAAAAUUUAUUUUUAAAAAAACUUGCACAUAUUUCAAAUAGAAAACAUCUCCUAAAUAAUUUAACAUGUUUUCAUAAUUAUGUUUUUAUUAUCUACGAUCAUGGAGAAUUUAUCGAUCGAUGGUUAAUACAGCCAGAAUGGAAAUUAGAAAAACGUUGGAUUAAAUAUCACAAAAAUGAUAUUUUAUUAUCGAUUUAUUCAAAUAAUGAUUAUUUACUUUUGUAUACGAAUAAAUCCAUUCAAUUAUGUUCGCAGGAUUUAAUUAUACAUUAUUCAAUUGAUUUAACCAAUCAAGAACAUGUCUAUUCAAAUUUUAUGUUUUUAACUUCAUACAAAAUAUGGUUAUUAAUUGAUAAGCAAACUCAUCUAUUAAAAUAUUUUCGUUUAAAUAGUAGCAAAAUUUAUACACUUGAUCAGAUUUACGUUAGAAAUAUUAGUUCUAUGGGAGAUAGUGAAUUAGCGUUUAUUACAAACGAUAGUUGUCAUUUACAAAUAAUUUUGAUUUGA